UGCGCCUCAGUGCCGGCGGGAGCGGGAGGCGGGGUGGUGUUUGUGCUGGUGGUGUCAGUGUGUAGAGGGAGCGGUGGGGGUCGGGCGUGCCGCACAGUCACCGCGCAGCCCCUCGGUGCUCGUGUCCCCGUCCCCUGUGAGGGUCGCCGGUGCCCCCCUGCCCGGCCCCGCGCUGCCGCCGCUCCCCCGCGGGAUGCGGGCUCGGCCCGCCCCGCUAGCCCUCACCCCCGCGCCGGCCGCAGCAUGAGCGCGGCGAGCGACACGUAUUUCCUCAUAAAAGACAUAAAACCCGGACUGAAAAACUUAAAUGUCAUCUUUAUUGUGCUGGAGAUCGGGCGAGUCACCAAGACGAAGGACGGGCACGAGGUGAGGUCCUGCAAGGUGGCGGACAAGACGGGCAGCAUCACCAUCUGCGUGUGGGACGAGAUCGGCGGCCUCAUCCAGCCGGGGGACAUCCUCCGCCUGACCAAAGGGUACGCAUCUCUGUGGAAAGGAUGCCUGACACUUUAUACAGGACGAGGAGGGGAGCUGCAUAAAAUUGGGGAGUUUUGCAUGGUAUACUCAGAAGUGCCAAACUACAGCGAGCCCAACUCAGAACACAUCGGGCAGAACAAACUGGCACAAGGUGAACAGAAUAAUAUUUCUGCAUCAAGUGGUAUGGGUACUUGUACUUUUGGGCCACUGGGAAAUGGUUUACAAACUGGACCUGAAGCAAGUGGAUUUCCAUUCAUGUAUAAUCACAGCCACAUUUAUGCAGGUAGUGGGAGAGGCAAUGGACGAGGACCUGUAAAUCCAGCACCAGCUAAUAGUGUUCAGCCUCUUCCUCCUGCUGUCAGUAAUGGGAGGGACCCACGCAGGGCCUUUAAAAGAUGACUAUGCCAAAUGUGGUUGUACAGCUUGCUUAAACUCUACACUCUACUUGAGCACUUACUGCACUUUUAUUUAUAGUUAACUGUGAACCAGUUUGUCCUUUGUGUGGUUUUUUUUUUUUUUACCUUUUGGUCUAUGGAGCAAACUUGAUGUGAUCUAUUUCUUGUUUUGCUUAGGGAAGCACAGUGAGUCUUCCCCAUACAUAAAGGGGUGGGGGGGAAGGUGGAUAUAAGAAAGUAAGAGUAACAGGUUGAAGUGUCUCAAUUAAAACUUGGUGCCCUUUGCUAAAUGUAAGAAAACUUCAGUUACAUACAUGUAUUUCUGUUUCUGUUGGUCAGCCAUGUAGCCUUAAUAGGUCUAUUACGUCCUGUGCACAUGUGGUUUGACUUCCAUUAGAGUUAAUGGGAGUUCUUCGUAUUGGAAGAGAAACAAAGGGGAAGAGCAAAGAUGCUCUGGUGAGCUAGGUGUCCUUGGAAUGCAUACAGCUUGUAAAAGCAAUAAGUGUAAGCAAAUAGUGGUGCCAGACCUAGUGGUGUCUCUGGAAUCAGGGAAUGGAUAACUCAUAUCAACUCAAGUUGGAGACAUGGUGAGUGUCUUGAAGCUUGAUUCUGAUUCCAAAAAGGUGUACACUACUUGAAAAUUCUCUAUACAUUACCACUGUCAAGGAAAGUAACACUGAUUUUUGAUUUGGAGAGAAGCUUGCAUAUUCAUUCUUGCUUUGCAUGAGAUAGCAGAAUAUAGAAGGAUCUGAAUUCAGACAGUGUUUGGGAGUAUGCUGUUUGUAGCCACUCCUUGCAUAAAAGCUCAAGGUUACUUUGCAGGAGUCUGAAUUUCCAGGAGCGGACUGUUUCCAAAUGCUGCAUUACCCAUCUCUUCGACGAGGCUGCCUCCUCCUCCUUCCUUCCUUCACUUUUCCAAGUGGAAUUACGUAUUAGAUGAAGCUGUAUGUGUGGAUUGCAGAGGUACCGGCCAAGAACACAGCUGCACUUAUGCUGUUAAGCUUUCCUUCCUCUGUUUUAUAUGAAAUACGAGUUAUCCCUUGAAGAACCCCACCACCUCCAUGUCCUGGGGGGAAAAUAGCUGAUUUUAUUUCUGAGAUCACAAAUGCCUUGACUCUAGGUAAGAGUCCAGUGCCAUAUUUCAGAUCAGGUUCAAAAACAACUCGGAAACUGAGGUGUCAUACUGGAUUCAUCUGUUUAACUCUUCUUAACUGACCUCUCAAAUAAAAAAAUUGCACUAAUCACAUCAAAACAAAUCUAACUUUCUUUCUGUCAAGCCAUAAAGACUUCAUGACAAAAGGCUAUUUCUGAAUUGUGAAUUGUUUCUGUGGUCUUUCCUGUUAUUUGAAUCUGCCACUGUCACUAAUGUUUACAAGUUGUUUACAUUUGAUACUUCUGCUUUUGGUACUCUGUCAUGAUUUGUUGAAAAUUGCUUUUAAUUGGUGAAAGUUCCUUGCUUGGUGUGAAAUACUGAACUUUGUUUGAAAUGCAAGCAUCAGUAACAACAAACUUCUGAAGAGAGGUUUAGAGAGACCUGUAUGCCCAGACACCUGAGGGCUGUUUGUCUCUAGUAUGGUGAAGUGCUUUCCUGGUACCUGCUUCCAAGUGGAACUAGAGAAACUUGUUUUGGACACAAGAGGGUGGCAUGCCUCAUGAGAUCAUCCCUGGGUGCUGCUAUGGAACAGUGUGAUAAUUGGUGAACCAGAAAGCAUGUGGUGACUUCUGAGGAAAUGGUGUAAGGAGGUGACGUGUAACUCAGGGACUUUAAAUUGCUUACUUAUUUAAAUAAAUGUAUAGUUUAGAUGUAUGGACAACCUUUUCUGCAGUGUUGCAUUAAGACAUUUCAUAUGCUUGUGAGAAGGAAGCCAAGGAGACCUCUAAACCUGGGAAGCACAUACGACAUGUUCCAGAGGUAAACAAGAUGUAAGUAUGGUGUGAGAGCUGUGCUUCCCAGUAGUUGCUGUAAAGUUAGCAAGUGAUGACGUGGUGGGGACUGAGUACUCGUUGGGGUAUCUGCACUGUGGAUCUGAGGUCCUGGUGAUCUUGACUUCUCUGCAGCAUAAAAAAGUUGAAAUAGAGGGGAACCCUGUGUUAGUGUGUGCUGAGGUACCUGAUGUUUGUAGCUCUAUGCAUUUGAGCUUUUAUUAAACUAAUAAACAGAAUACUUGUUCACAAA